AUGGCUGCCUGCAUCUUCUGCAAGAUCAUCAAGGGCGAGAUCCCCUCCAUGAAGAUCUUCGAGAGCGACAAGGUCUUCGCAUUCCUCGACAUCGGCCCCCUCUCCAAAGGCCACUCCCUCAUCAUCCCUAAGCACCACGGCGCCAAGCUCACCGAGAUCCCCGACGAGCAACUGAGUGAGAUCCUGCCCGUCGCCAAGCGCAUCGCCAAGGCCCUCGACUGCCCCGACUACAACGUCCUGCAGAACAACGGCCGCAUCGCGCACCAGGUCGUCGACCACGUGCACUUCCACGUCAUCCCGAAGCCGAACGAAACCGAGGGCUUGGGCAUUAGCUGGCCGACGAGGGAGGCGAACAAGGACGAGCUCGCGAAGCUGCUCGAUGAGAUUAAGGCCAAGUUUUGA